AUAAAACCCACCGUGAAAUCAAGAACGCCCACAGUUCCGGUGGCCUCGACGGCGAUGGAGGCGAUAUACACCAUACUGGGAGUGUGCGUUUCUGUGGGUUUGUUGGCGUAUGCAUGGGGAGUGUUGGAUUGGGUGUGGUUUAAGCCGAAGAAACUGGAGAAGUGCCUUAAUCAGCAAGGCCUCAAAGGAAACCCCUACAGAAUCUUCUCCGGCGACAUGAAAGAGCUCGCAAAGAUGGCGACAGACGCCAUUUCCAAGCCCAUGGCUCUGUCGGAUAACGUAGCUCCGAGAGUCAUUCCGUAUUAUGCUCACCUCGCCGAUAAAUACGGUAAAAAAUGUUAUGUAUGGUUGGGUCCAAGGCCUAUGGUGUUCAUCAGGGAUCCAGAGUUAAUCAAGGAGGUUUUGAACAAAAAUUAUCUGUUUCUGAAGCCUAAGGAUAAUCCACUGAUCAGGAAGUUGUCACGGGGACUUGUCAGCUAUGAUAAAGACCAGUGGGCAAAACACAGAAGAUUAAUCAAUCCUGCCUUCUAUUCAGAGAAGCUAAAGCUUAUGCAACCGGCUUUCUUGCUAAGCUGCUCUGAAAUGCUGAGCAAGUGGGAGGGGAUGAUUGUCUCAUCUUGUGAGCUGGAUGUGUGGCCUGACCUUCACGACCUGACAUGUGAUGUGAUUUCUCGAACAGCAUUUGGGAGCAGCUAUGAAGAAGGAAAGAGGAUCUUUCAACUUCUCAAUGAACAGGCCAUGCACUUCAUGGAAGCCAUGCGUCAAGUUUAUAUACCUGGAUGGAGAUUUGUGCCAACUAAGAGGAACCGAAGAAUGAAUGCCAUUGAGAACGAAGUGAAAUCGUCUAUUCGGGUUAUUAUAGAGAAGAGAAUGAAGGCUGGGGAGACAAACAAAAACAAUGAUGAUUUAUUGGGGAUUCUGUUGGAAUCCAACUUACGAGAAAUUAGACAGCAGGGGGAUAAGGAAUUUGGAAUGAGCAUUGAAGAGAUCAUCGACGAGUGCAUCCUGUUCUAUAUUGCGGGGCAGGAGACUACUUCUUCUAUGCUGGUCUGGACUAUGAUUCUACUCAGCAGAUUUCCCGAUUGGCAAGCCCGUGCGAGAGAAGAGGUGUUGCAGGUUUUCGGGGAUACUAAGAACCCGGAUUUUGAAGGGUUGAAUGACCUUAAAGUUGUGACAAUGAUUUUAUACGAGUCUUUAAGGCUAUACCCGCCAGUAGCUGGGCUAGCUAGGAGGACCAUAGAGGAAACGAAACUAGGAGAAAUGGUUCUGCCACCGGGGGUAAUGCUGUCGUUACCAACGCUCUUGAUGCAUCUCGACACCGAGAUUUGGGGCGAAGAUGCUAAAGAGUUUAAACCCGAGAGGUUCGGGGAAGGGAUAAUGAAGGCAACAAAUGGGAAGCAAGUGUUUUUCCCAUUCGGUGGGGGGCCUCGAAUAUGCAUUGGUCAGAACUUUGCUUUCGUAGAAGCUAAAAUGGCUAUGGCUAUGGUUCUGCAACGCUUCUCCUUUCGGCUUUCGCCUUCUUAUGCACAUGCUCCAUAUUCAAGGGUGAUGACUCAACCUCAGUAUGGUGCUCCAUUAAUUAUGCACAAGCUCUAAUAUGCUUUCUUUGGUAAUUCUUCUUCCCAGUUCCCAGAAAUCCUCUAUUCUGGUCACCCACCAAUCUGCAGUAUUGAAUAAACUUUCUAUAUAUUCUGUUCAGUGAUGUAAUGUUUAAUAUACUCUUCUAUAUGUAAACAAUAUGUUUUGUUGUUGGAAAAUUAGUAGAG